GGAACUGUUGGCAGCCCUAGAGAGGAAGCGACAAGGUGCACUGAGCUCUCAUGUCCCAGAGCUCCAGGGGAACCCGUUGUGAAAGAGCUGAGGAAAAUCAGAGAGAGACAGAGUGUUGGAAGGGUGGGCCAGAGCAGCCGCUGAAGAAUACAACAGGCAGAACCUCCGGAGGGUUAGCAGCAGCAGCUCUCAUCAUGUUCAGCCACCAUGUUCAGGCCAGGUCCCGGCUCCAGAGGGGCUCUGGGGACAGUCCUGGGGUGUCUGGACUGCUGCGGAGUCGGCUGGAGAAGCUGAAGAAGCUGUGGUGGAGGAAGUCCAUCCCCCCGGUGCUGCAGCACAGUGAGACAGCCAGGCUGGCUAUGGAUGCCUUUCUGGAGCAGGGGGAGCCUGGCUAUCUGCAAGCCAUUGCUGAGGAACAGGAGCUGCCAUUUCUCUCCCCCCUAGACAUGGACUACAUGAGCCAGCACAGAAGCCAGAGUAUCCCGGAGCCUAAUGCAAGGAAGGGGCAUGAGACCGAGCCCAAAGAGGGAGACACUGAGGACAGGGCCUCCCUUUUCUCUGAACUAAGCUCUGGUACCUACUUCCCACUCAUGUCUGACGUGCAGCCUCCAGAGCUGGAACUGGGCUGGCCAGUGGUGCCACUUGCCACAUGGUAUGGCCAAACUCAAGCCAGUGUGUAUUUCCAGAGAAACAAGGCCAACAGCAUCAAGGAUUUACUCCGGUGCCUGAUCAGCAGGGCAAAAACGGUGAUCGCAGUCGUCAUGGAUCUCUUCACAGACAUGGAGAUACUCUGUGACCUGAUGGAAGCUUCAAGCAGGCGACAUGUCCCUGUUUACCUGAUCCUUGAUGAGAAGUACUUAAAGUAUUUUAUAGAGAUGUGCAGUAAAAUGGCUCUUAACAAGGACCAUUUCCCAAACAUGCGAGUGCGGUGUGUGAGUGGAGACACAUAUUACAGUAAAGCAGGCAAGAAAUUUGCAGGUCAAGUUCUGGAGAAGUUUGUACUGAUAGAUUGUGACCACGUUCUUGCUGGUACAUACAGUUUUACUUGGCUGUGCAGUCAAGUUCACACCUGCUUGGUGACACACUUCCGAGGCAAAAUCGUUGAGGACUUUGACAGAGAAUUCCGAAGCUUAUACACAGAAUCCAAACCUGUGCCUGCUUUCUGCAUCCUCGAGGCUGGAUCAAGCCCUGCUUCAGCUCACACCUCAGCAUGGACCUUCCAGUCUCUCUUAAAAUCUGCCAAACCGAAUGAAGCUGGAACCGCAAGCCAGGCCAGUAGUCUCUCAAAUUCAAGCAUUGAGAGCAUAAAGAUGUCUCCUUUUCGGAAGAACUCCACCUACAAUGUACUCCAUGAAAAGCAAGACUUGGGUCCUGGUUUCAUCAAUGAAAAGAGAAAGGAAGCCAUCAGCUCCAUGAAGCCAAGUGACUCCAAGCAGCACUGGGAAAUGUCAAACUCUAGCCACAACACUUCAGCUAAAUUCAAGUCUGCCUUAUAUGACCAGCCUAAUCAUAAUUCACACCAGGCAUCCUUGCAGCCAAUGUCUUUCCCCAUACUAAGCUGCAGUGAACCUAAUCAUCUAGAAAAUAAGGCACUGGCUAAAACUAAAAAUGGCCAGUUGCUCCAUCACUCUGCCAUGAGACAGGGACCAAACUUACGAUCCCCCUCUGAGAACACUAGUACAAAUGGGGCAAAUACCAAGCAGAAAGCACCCAGUGAUGUUUCAAGUGGAAAAUCAAUAGAAAGCAGCAGCAAAAUAUGCAAGAAUGAGAAAACGCUGACUCUUGGGCAUAGUAAACUGGACCUGAUUAUCCAAUACAACCAGUUAAAAAGUGAGUGGACAGCUGCAGUCCCAAGCUCUGCUAGACUCAGUGAUGAAGUGCCAAAGGAAAAUAGCUGCAAUAUACACAGGGAUGAGAAAACACUGACUCUUGGACACAGUAAACUGGAUCUGAUCACAAGUUAUAACAAAUCAAAAUCUAAGCAAAUAUCUAGUCAAUUUGGGCCCUAACCUGUUCUCUCUUGUCCUAGGGUGUGUCUACACUGGCCCAGCUGCCUAGUGAAGUAGGUAGUGAAGACGCUACCUACUCAGAUGGGAGGGGUCUCGUGGCGGCACAGGUACGCCACCUCUACAAGAGGUGACAGUGUGUCAACAGGAGAAGCCCUCCCAUUGACAUAGUGUUGUCUACACUGGGGGUUGGGUCAGUGUAACUACAUCACUCAGGGGUGUGGAUUUUCCACACCCCUGAGCGACUUAGUUACAUUGAUGUAAGUUUGUAGUGUAGACCAGGGCCUAGUUACAUUCUCCAAUCUCAUUCCCAGAGUUACCAUAAUUUUUUUUGCAAAAAGAAAAGGAGGACUUGUGGCACCUUAGAGACUAACAAAUUUAUUUGAGCAUAAGCUUUCGUGAGCUACAGCUCACUUCAUUGGAUGCAUUCAGUGGAAAAUACA